AAAAAUAAUUUAAAAAAGAAUAUAUAUAUAUAUUUUGUCCCGAACCCCACUGUAUUAUCGAACAGAUAAUCAGAUAUAAGUUCCUUCUUGUGAGCUCCGCACGUUACUAUUGUGGCGAGGAUGAGCCGCGUCGGAAAAGCUGAGAAACUUCCAAAAUCUUUUCACAUGAACAAUCAGCAGACCGGCAACUCGCGAAUGUUGCGGGUGCUAUUUUCUCGAUUCCCUCGCAGCUCGAAAGAGAUAAGAAGUGAUAAGUUAGCAUAUUGAGAACGAAGCAGCUAUCAGUCAAGUGACGACGCUAAAAGGAUUUUGAGUUUUAUCUUCUCCUGAAAAGUGUACGGAAGUUCAUGCCACCAUUUUGCGUAUGUAUAAUUGUUAAGUUGGCGAAGUUGAGUCCACGUACACGUCCACGGACCUCCCCGUUAAUUGCUAAGUUAGCAUGCUAUGCUAUGUUCGGUGUUACAUUAGCUUAGCGAGCGCUACGAUUUAUGUCCGUAAGUGGCGCUCAUAUUGAGGUGAUGUGUCUGAUAAUGUGCCUUAUGCAGCUGCUCAAUGUUACUUAUAAAGUAACUUGACUUUUAACGUCAAGUCAUCAGUAGUCACUAAGUUACUUUUGUUGUUGUUGCAUAAUCAGUCAAAUAAAGAAGUCAACAGAUUACGUUUUCAAGAUAACGGCUGCAACAGUUCUCGAAAUCCUAGCGAGGAUUGGUGGGAUAGAAAAUGGACGGAUGGAACUUUUCCUGUUAGAACUUUAAAAAAAAAACUUUUUUUAAAAAAUAAAAUUUCCGACUAAGUUCUUGUAACACUCAGCUAUUAAUGUUACAGCCUUUGCAUUUAAAGGCAGUGCUCGUUCAUAUGUGAUGACUCAUAAGACAUUUAACAUUGCAAGUGCAGCUGUUUUUUGACAAGUGAGGAACUAAAGCAGGCGUGUCAAACACGAGGCCCGGGGGCCACAUCUGGCACGCAACUUCACGUUAGGUGGCCCGCGAAGCCAAAUCAUUUACAUCAACUUCCAUGGUGCUUGCUAAAAUCUGUAUAAAAAUGUCAAAUUGUCAUAUAUACAAGUAAAUAAGGCUGAAAUAUUGCAAGCAUUUUCUGGUUAUCAAACAACUUUUGCCAUUUUUUUUCAAACUAUUAUCCUUGACUUCUAAUUUAGCCCUCAACUUGUUGCGUAUACUGUAUGUAAUACUAUGAUGAGGCAGUAGAUGGUUUUCGCAGUCUUAACGGCCCUCUGAGGGAAUCCAUACCAACAACGUGGCCCGCGACAAAAACGUGUUUGACAACCCACCACCGAAAAUAUGAAAAAUGCGUGGCUUGGUAAAGCAUAAUCUUCUGUCUUCACUUUGCUCACCACUAAAAGGAUUCAAAACUGAAGAUUACAGAGAACUCGAUUAUUGAGUUGUGACUUCUUGUGAAGCUGAAACCGCUUCCUCCCAAAAACCAACUAAUAAUCUUUCACUGCCUUUAAGGAUUAAGAAUAAUUAUGACAAGUACAGUAGAUACAAGGAUGGAGUGAGAGGGUGGUAGUGAAGUGGUGGAAGGCGGGUUGGUGUGUGUGUGUGUGUGUGUGUGUGUGUGUGUGUGUGUGUGCAACAACAGGAUAUUUUGUCACCAUGGUCCCUGGCAGAAAAUCAGCACGUUGUUUUUCGAAUGCGACCGGCGAAAGGCGGGCCUGCGUGAAAGGCGGGUAGCCUGGUGGGGUCUGGCGCCUGGUGGCAUGUGCGGUGGAGCUAAAGCAGACUGCACGCAACUUUGAGAACAUGGUGAUGGCCGCGGCCCCUUCUCCCGUGCUCGGCGCCCGUCCGUCGGCCGACAACGACUCCGCCUGCGACACCCUGUACGCCCACAGGAGCUACGCCCGGGUUUUCAUGCCGCUGGUCUACUGCGCCGUCUUCCUGGUGGGCCUGCUGGGCAACGUGCUGGCGCUGCACGUCAUCCGUCCCAACCUGAAAAAGAUGAACUCCACCACCUUGUACUCGCUCAACCUGGUGAUUUCAGACAUCCUCUUCACGCUCUCGCUGCCCUUUAGGAUUAGCUACUACGCGCUAGGCUUCCACUGGCCCCUGGGCGAGGCCGCGUGCAAAAUCUCGGGCCUGGUCUUCUACAUCAACACCUACGCCGGCGUGAACUUCAUGACCUGCCUGAGCGUGGACCGCUUCAUCGCCGUCGUGCUGCCCCUGCGCUUCUCCCGGCUGCGCAACGUUAGCAACGUUCGCUACAUCUGUGUCGGCGUGUGGCUGCUGGUCCUGGCGCAGACCCUCCCGCUGCUCGGCACGCCGAUGACCAACGCCGAGGCGGACGGCUUCGUCACCUGCAUGGAAUACCCGAAUUUUGAGAAGAUGGACCACAUCGCCGCCAUUCUCAUCGGUGGCGUCUUCCUGGGUUACGUCAUCCCCGUCGUCACCAUCCUGGUGUGCUACUCCUUCCUGUGCUCCAAACUCCGUUCCACGGCCAAGAGCAACCGCCUGACGGAAAAGUCGGGGCGCAGCCGCAAGGCCAUCGGCGUCAUCUGCUGCGUGUCCCUGGUCUUCGUGCUCUGCUACAGCCCCUACCACAUCAACAUUCUGCAGUACAUGAUCCGCAAGCUGGCGUCGCGCCCGGACUGCGCCGACCUCACUGCCUUCCAGGUGUCGCUGCACAUCACCGUGUGUCUGAUGAACCUCAACGCCUGCUUGGACCCCUUCGUCUACUUCUUCGCCUGCAAGGGCUACAAGAGGAAGCUCCUGAAGCUGCUGAGACUGGAGGUCAGCAUGUCCGUCUCCAGCGUCGUCAGAACUUCACCCGAAGGCUCUUCCAAGGACUUUAUUGACGGCAACAAGAUCCAGCUCAGCGGCUCCGCUUCGGCCUCGGAGAGGAGAUCGCGGCUGAACGUGUAAACCAGAAGAAUGUUGGAGGGACCGAAGCAAAGAUUUUCCAGACGACUGUGGUCCCUAGUCCACCAGGACUGCUCUCAUGGACAACAUCGGGGUAAACAUGUUGGGGCGCGGUGGUUCCAAAAGAAAAGGCUUACAACUUUCGCCGUUUAUCUCUCAAGAAGCGUGGGCCAAUGACGCCACCAAGUAAAGACUCUAUGACCAUUGAACAACUUCAGGCUGCUAUGAACUUGGACUUUAACCUCACUUCUUUGCCAGAAACUACUUCAUGUUAGUGUUUUAAUUCAGCUGCUUCCAGAAGUCACUGAGAACAAAUCAGGUUGAUGGUUCGUUCACGUGAACAGGGCGCUUUUAGAAAAAGACCGAGGGUGUUUUUAAGAAUCUUUACAAAUGAAAAAAAACAAAAAAAAAACAGGCCAAUGGUGAAACGGUUGAGCCAUAAACCGUGGUCCAAAUUAAUAUCACUGUUUCAAAUUUUAAUUAGCAUUAAUACCAUAUUUACUGUCUCUGAGAGUAGUAGUUGACUCUCAGCUUAUAUAGUGCGUGCCUCUGCAAGAAACAAACAAAAAAAGGAAAUCAUAUAAGAAGAAGAGGAGGAGGAGGAGGAGGAGGAGGAGGAGGAGGCUUGACAGCGAAGACGACGACAUCGGACGCAUGUGUUACAUAAUCGCUGGCGUCGGGCGAAAACCUCGCAUCUCCGAAACCUUCACUUUGCAGGAAAGCAGAUAAAUUGCAUGUCAUUGACAAAGAUAGCGAGCCUCUUCAGCACUUGAUAUUGGACAACGAUUUGUAGAAAUAACAUAUCCAUGUGGGGACUGACUAAAAGUAUCCAUUUGCGAAAAUAAAUGGAUAUUGACCAAAUUUGCACUUCGCAGGUUUUGGCCCGACGUCACAGCGCUACGAAAGAUGGCGAAGUUAGCCAAAGUGACGGCGAUAUUCUGUCACUGUGCCGCAUAGUUUGCGUUUUGUUAGACUGGCGAUGGAAGAGGAAUCCGAGACGCUUUGUCUGUAUAAAAAAAAAAAAAAAAGGCCGAUGGGAGACAACACGACUAAUCUUUGGAGUCGUCUGCAUUGGAGUCAUUUUAAUUACAACCUUUGUGGCAUCCUGCAUGCAUGAAAAUCCAAAUGUCAAAAAAGUACAUAUGGUUGCUGAAUAUAGUUUUGUAUUCAAUAUAAAAUGCUUUUGAAUGGGAUGUAGUAAACAAUUACGACAAAAUA